CCCGCUGGGGCGGGAGGUGCCCGGCGGCCGCCGCCGGCCCCGGGGGCUGUGAGAGCAUCGGGGGCGAUGACCUUCGCGGGGGAGCCGCGCUCGCCCCCUCCUUCGCUGGCGGAAAGUCAAACAAGUCAAUGAGGAGAACUUAAAAAAAAAAAAAAAGGCGAGAAAAAAAAAGCGCGCAACACCAAACCCUGCCUCCGCGCCUCUGGAUGAUUUCAGGGCUGAUCAGCAUCACCUAAAGGAAAACUUUGGUGACGCCCGGGGAGCCGACGUGGUUUUUCCGCCGGGAUGCAGGCGCUGGCUCCGUGAAGCGCAUCCCGGCGGCGGGGCAGGAGCGAGGUCCCUCCCGAGGAGCAGCACAGCCCCUGCCCAGCCCCAGCCCCGCCGGCUCGGGGGGUGCAGGGGCAGGGGGCUGCCGAGGCUCCGGACUGAGAUUUGAAUCAGAACUGAUUCCUAUUUGUUUACUGAGAGGGGUUUUCUUUCGCAGCAUCAUUGUUUUGAAGAAAGGAGGGAGGAAGGGGGAGGGUUAAAGCUAAAGAAGUAAGUCGUCUCUGCGAAGGAAAUGCCUUUUGCUCUUUUCAGAUGACCUUUUCUGAAAAUGUAGCCUCUCCAGCUGACCGAUUUUUAUUUUGACUACAAAGUGUGUGAAACUGAGCCCCAACUGCUCCACAAACCCUAGGAUGUGUGCUUCUGGGAUUAGCAAUAUGGGGCAUCUGUUGUCACCUCUCCUCUUGAGCCUGGCAGCAGUUUUUUCCAAAGUGACUGAGAGUCGAGGGAUCCUGGAGAGUAUACAGAGAUUUUCUUUACUGCCAACUUACUUGCCCGUGACCUAUCGUAUCCACAAUGCGGAUGUUUCCUUCUUUCUUAAGGAAGCCAACCAGGAUAUUAUGAGGAACUCUAGCUUGCAGUCCCGAGUGGAGUCCUUUCUGAUCUACAAAUCCAAGAGUCCACCCGUGUUAAACGCCAGCUAUGGACCUUUUUCCACUGAACAAGUAGUGCCCCAGGACUUAAUGCUGUCUUCAAAUCCGUUCGGAUCUACCAACAAGUUCUCCUUUAACUGGAAACUUAAGGCCUUCAUCAUGAGCAACAAGAUUUACCCCAGCAAGCCCAAGGUGCAGGUGCUGUUCUACAUCGUGGGCAGGGACUGGGAUGACUACAGCACCACGGAGCGCCUGCCCUGCCUGCGGGUGUUCGCCUUCCGAGAGACGCGGGAGGUGCGAGGCAGCUGCAGGCUCCAAGGGGACCUGGGGCUCUGUGUGGCCGAGCUGGAGCUCCUGCCCAGCUGGUUCAACCCCCCCACGGUCAUUGCCGGCCGGAAGAAACAAAUAGAUAAAUCUGAAGGGAGCCCCGUGGAGCUUUACUAUUCCAUCCAACCGGGAGAUGACAAAGGGGAGUGCACCAAGGAGGAUGUGAGGAAAAGUAACGGGAUCCGAUCGGGGCGCAACGACAUCGAUGAGUCGGGACCUCCCUUGCAGAGGAUUGGAAGUGUUUUCCUUUACCAGACACGUGCUGCCCCUUCUUUAAAUGAAAUGAGAUUGGAUAAUAAUAUUGUCAUCCAGUAUGCACCAAAGACUGUCAAGCAAGGGGACAUUUUGACUUUCCUUGUAUCUGUUGCUAAAAACUCAACAGAAGAUCAGUUCACGCUGAGGGCAAAGGUGAAGAAAGGUGUGAAUGUUUUCAGUGUGAGAGCCAGCAGCCCCUACUUGUGGGACAUCAGAGAGAGCAUGGAUUAUACUGGGAAAUAUGCACCAGCUGUUAUUGUUUGCCAGAGGAAAUCUGCUGCCUCUGAAAGCAGUGCUGAUGGGCCUUCCUCUGAAAUCAUGCAGAUUGAUUUUGAGAUUGAAGACUUAACUGACCCACCCGAGACCCAGCUCAUCACGUGGCAGGUGGAAUAUCCCGGAGACACAACAUCCGACCUCGGAAUCUCCAAGAUCUACGUAAACCAGAAGGAUCUGGUAGGAGUUCUCCCUCUGGCUAUGGAAGCAGAGAUCCUGAAUACAGCUAUUCUCACUGGGAAAACAGUGGCUGUCCCUGUCAAAGUGAUUUCUGUGGAAGAUGAUGGGACUGUGAGUGACCUUCUGGAAUCUGUGGAGUGCAGAUCCUCAGAUGAAGAUGUCAUUAAGGUUUCUGACAGAUGUGACUAUGUUUUUGUCAAUGGGAAGGAAAUGAAAGGCAAAGUGAAUGUCAUAGUUAAUUUUACUUACCAGCAUCUGAGUGCCCCUUUAGAGAUGACAGUCUGGGUUCCUCGUCUCCCGCUGCAGAUAGAGGUCUCUGACACAGAACUAAAUCAGAUCAAGGGGUGGAGAGUCCCCAUCAUCUCUAAUAAGAGACCAGCCAGAGACAGCGAUGACGAGGAGGAGGACGAGCGGAAGGGCAGGGGCUGUGCCCUGCAGUACCAGCACGCCCUGGUGCGAGUCCUCACCCAGUUUGUGGCUGAAGCCUCGGACCCCGGUGGGCAGACGAGCUUCUUGCUGGGAUCUGACUGGCAGAUCGACAUCACUGACCUGGUGAGGGACUUCAUGCAGGUGGAGGAGCCCAGAAUCGCCAAGCUGCAGGACGGACAGGUCCUGGUUGGGCUGGAGCUGGGAAUGACAACCAUUCAGAUACUGUCCCCCCUUUCAGAUGCCAUCUUGGCCGAGAAGACAGUGACAGUUCUGGAUGAGAAGGUGACAAUAACUGACCUGGGAGUGCAGCUGGUGACUGGACUGUCACUCUCUCUGCAGCUCAGCCCAGGAAGCAACAAGGCCAUCUUUGCUACAGCAGUGGCACAAGAGCUGCUCCAGUCCCCAAAGCAGGAAGCAGCCAUCAGCUGCUGGAUCCAAUUCAGUGACGGAUCUGUCAUGCCCCUGGAUAUUUAUGACCCCAAAGACUUCUCCCUGUCAGCCACAUCGCUGGAUGAGAAGGUGGUCUCCAUUCACCACGACCCCAAAUUCAAGUGGCCUGUGAUUGCUGCUGAGACAGAAGGCCAGGGGACGCUGGUGAAGGUAGAGAUGGUGAUCAGUGAGUCGUGCCAGAAAUCCAAAAGGAAGAGCAUCCUAGCUGUUGGAAGUGGCAGCAUUAAAGUCAAGUUUGGGCAGGGUGAUGCCAACCCCAACAUCAGUGACAGUAAACACAGGGGCGCUGGUGUCCACCUGGAAAAUCGCGCCAGUGACCGGCGCCAGAAAAACACCCUGCAGGAAAGAGCCGGAGGGGAUGGUCACUAUUACAGCUCCUCCAUGGGCCACGAGCAGGGCAGGGGAACCACCACCCAGAGGUCUAUUCUAAGUAGAAAAGAAGACAGAGAAAGUCUCCUGGAUGAUGACAGUCAGAACAUGCCCAUAGACUUCACGAGCUUCCCUGCGCAGGUGGAUCUGCCCAGAAACAACGGAGACUUGGAAGAGAAUGACCUGGUGCAGUCACCCAGGGGACUCAGUGACCUGGAGAUAGGGAUGUAUGCUCUCCUGGGAGUCUUCUGCCUGGCAAUUCUGGUCUUCCUUAUCAAUUGUGUCACUUUUGCUUUGAAGUACAGGAACAAACAAGUUCCCUUUGAAGAGCAGGAAGGCAUGAGCCACUCUCAUGACUGGGUUGGGCUGAGCAACAGGACAGAACUUCUGGAGAAUCACAUAAAUUUCUCAUCCCAACAAGAAGAACAUAUCACAGCCAUUGACAGAGGAGUGGACUACGAAGAGAGUAAAUAUCUUCUCAACACAAAUGCCACCAAAAAUAUCAACGGACAAUCUUUCAGGUCUGCUGAGACCACAUUCACUGAAGGGAAAGAACAGAAAAGUGAACCAACUACUUCUCCUACCUCUAAGAGGAAACGGGUUAAAUUCACCACCUUUACCACCAUCUCCUCUGAUGAUGGGUGUCCAACUGUCAACUCAAUCUUGAUGAGUAAUGAGGAUGACAUUAAAUGGGUCUGCCAGGAUAUGGACCUGGGGGAAUGCAAAGAACUUAAAAACUAUAUGGAGAGGUUACACGAAAAUGCGUAAUGAGACACAAGAGAUUUUUGGUUUGGUUUGUUCGUUUGUUUGUUUUUCACUCACCUUCUGCCUUUAAUUUUGGGUAGUGGGGCAAAAUAGCUAACAAGAAUCCACUGGUGGAUAAUAACUCAAUGGAGCCCCAAGAAGCCACCCAAAAGCAGCUGGGAGAGCAGAGAUCCUGGACAGCUCUUAGAAUUCAAAUCCUCUUUGUGCUCAGAGAUGGAAGUGAGAGAUGUGUGUGGUUUUUUGAUACAUGGUAACACGAGAAAAAACCUUAGCAAAAUAAUAUGGUUUCAUUCUCUGAGCUUUCCCAGGAAAUCAAUAAAUAUAACAAACUCCAGAGCAGUUUGGAUAUUACAAAGUUCACACAGCUCUACUGUUCAAUAUUGCAAGCUUUGGUUAAAAGCAAAAAAUUGGUCUCAGAAUAAAUAGAUCCACGAAAGAGCGUGUCAUCCAAGCCACGUGCAGAGAAUAUCCAUCCAAGAAAUUAAUUUAAAGCUGACAAAAACAGUGUGAGCAAAGCAGCUCCCAGAGCUGAAGAGUCAUGAGUUUCCAAAGAAUCUGGAGGGGGAAAAGGAGUAAGUGGGCUGUUUAACAACCAGCAUGUUUGCCUCCCAAGCACUGAGAAUGGAUACACAUAUACAGUUAAAACUGAAACUCUCUUUUUAAGUAGAUGCCAAGGUAAUAAACUUUGCCAGCCAAUUUUCAGUAUUUCCUAAUUUGUAAAAUAGGAGAAGAUAUAAUCUAUACUCAGAAUAUCACUCAUAUUAAGGAAAGGUCUGUUUUGGAAAGUUUGAGAGAACGCGCUAUUUUUAAAAAGCCCACUUUCUUUGAUUGCCCUGUUUCGAAUUUGUAUUCCCAGCCAUUUCCCUGGAGCCUUCCCCAUCUGGCAUCCUGAGGGCACUUCCCAGCAUCAGUCACCUUUGGAAGCCUGUGGUUCCUUCCUUCCCCUCCAUGCACACUCCCUCCUCCACGGUGUGCUCUUGCCAAGCACAGACCCUGUUGGUACCACACUGGUACUUGCUUUACAUGCUGUCAUUUACCAAAGCUGGCCACUCUCUCUCUGGGUAAGUGUAACUUGUGCUGAACUCAGCACCAGCAGCAGCUGCCUCUUUGUCCAUCCCCUCCCCUGGGGGAGGUCGGGUUGUUCAGUUCCUUCUGCUCCUGCCUCUUUAGGCCCCUGCUCAGCACGUUUAGAGGGCACUCGGAGGUCGCAGGGGAGAGCUGCACAUUCAACAUUGAAGCCUGAACAGCUACACUCAGUAGAUAACAUUUGUUUCUCCCAGAGGUGAUGAUUAUCUUUUGUUUUCUUCUGAUAAGGAUGUACAUACAGUAGGAUUUCAGUGAUUACCCUUCCAAUCCGAUGUGCCCUCCAGCCCCAAAACCAUGACAUUUUUGGUGAGGUCCAAAAGCAGCCUCCAAUGGCCAGUGGCAAAGUGCCAAAGCACUAACUAAAAUCCAGCUUAUAUUUCAAGUUUUCCUUUAUUUUCCAGAGUAAAUCCCCGCCCUUCUUUUGUUAUUAAGUCUCUUCCCAUCAUUGAAUCUAGGUUGCUCAGUUUAAUACACACCCGCCCUCCCACAAACACUUAGAUUGGAUCCCUCUAUAUUUAGAAUGUACUGUAGAUUGUAAGAAUGUAAUAUAUAUAUAUUUAUAAACAUGCCAACUGUGAAUAAAAUUUGCAUUUUAGUGGCUUCAUCUUUUUUUCCUACUCUGAACGCCUCUUUCCUUUCACUGUCAGAACGUUUACCCUAAAAGAGACUGGCAGCAAUAUGGAGACGUGUCCUUUGAUGAAUCCUUGAAGGCUCAUGGCACAGUCUAGUCACCAAGUUUUACACUGUGCAGUGUUGGGGGAGAACACACAACAUCAACAGCAUGUUAUGCUACAAAUGUAUUUGCACCAAGCCACCCUUCCAAGG